AUGGUGAUGAAUGAUGAUUUAUCGACUUCAGCAGCAGUUGAAUCAAUCUUUAAGAAGCUUAAAAGGGUAACAUUUAAACAUAUUUCAAUUCCAACUGAUCUUGAAAUUUUUUUGGAAAAUCACAUUAAAUCGCUAAAAGGAGCUGCUUUAUUACGGUCGUCUUGCAACAAUAUAGCUAUUUCUUCAUUGCCUAAAUCAUGUGAAGCGAUUGAUGAUAGCCAUAGUUUUACUUCGUCAACAAUUAUUUAA